UGGUGUGGUAGGAGCGGCGGCCAUCUUGUGGAGAGAGCGGUGUUUCCGGCUGGUUCUAGGGGUUUAUUUGCCGCUUCGAAAGUUGUUACCUCUUUUAUAUAUAAUAAGUGUUUAAGGCUUUUGAUACACUUAACAUUUACAAUGACGGAAAGACAACUAGACUGUGCGUUAGAUUUAAUGCGACGGCUGCCUCCUCAACAAAUAGAGAAGAACCUUAGUGAUCUAAUUGAUUUGGUUCCUAGUCUUUGUGAAGACUUGUUAUCAUCUGUUGAUCAACCACUUAAGAUUGCUAGGGAUAAAACCACAGGCAAAGAUUAUCUUCUUUGUGAUUACAAUAGGGAUGGCGAUUCCUACAGAUCACCAUGGAGUAAUUCUUAUGACCCUCCUUUGGAUGAUGGUGCAGUGCCCUCUGAUAGGUUAAGGAAACUUGAGAUGGAGGCUAACUCCGCCUUUGAUCAGUACAGAGAAAUGUAUUAUGAGGGUGGAGUGUCAUCAGUUUACCUCUGGGAUUUAGAUCAUGGAUUUGCUGGUGUUAUUUUGAUCAAGAAAGCUGGGGAUGGUUCUACAAAGAUCAGAGGUUGCUGGGAUUCCAUUCAUGUUGUGGAGGUUCAGGAGAAGAGCAGUGGCCGACAAGCUCAUUAUAAGCUCACAUCAACUGCCAUGCUUUGGCUUCAGACAAACAGGGCUGGAUCAGGUAUAAUGAAUUUAGGAGGAAGCUUGACAAGACAGGUUGAGCAGGACAGUUCAGUGAAUGAUGCUAGUCCACAUAUUGCCAACAUUGGUAGAAUGGUGGAGGACAUGGAAAACAAGAUGAGGAAUACUCUGAAUGAUAUAUACUUUGGCAAAACAAAGGAUAUAGUUAAUGCCUUGCGGAGUGUGAAUAGCCUUGCUGACCAAGGAAAACAGAAACAAUUGCAACAAGAACUCUUUGGUGUUCUCAAGAACCGCCAAAAGUAGUUUUAUACACUUAGCAACUUUCUCUUUGAUAAAUCACUGCAAUGAUCUUCAAUUUGUGAUGUGAAAAUUAAUUAGUUACAGGGGAUUUCUAAAAUCCUCAGAACUUUUGUAUAAUUUUCUGGUAUCACUAUCAAUAUUUUUCACAAAUUGAAAAAAGAGCCCGGUGAAAAUUACCCUUCAAGUACCAUUUCCCCUAGUGUAUUUUGUGAAAGCCAUGAUCUUGCAGAUUAUCAAUGUUUUUAGAAACUUAGGUCUUGGCUCCCUUAUAAAAUGAGCUCUGUUUGAUUGCCUAUGUAGGCAGAAGGAUUACAUUAGCCUUGACUUAACUGCCAGGACUUAAGACCCAUUUACACGACAGAAAAAUUUUGGCACAGUGCCAGUAUAAUAACUGGUGGUAGGAAUGCCCAGAAGUGGCCUGGCACAGAUAAAUUCAUCUUUGCCAAACUUGUCAAAAUUUCUUCUGUGCUCGGACUACUUAUUCCAUUCCAUGGGUCUGUGCAUGGGUUAAAUUUGGGCUUAGCAUGGAUGAGAAAAAAACUCAUUUACACAAUGGAGUUUGUCUGUGCCAAACCCUUUUAAUUGGUAUGUGUACCAUUUAAAUCUAGAUCUCGCCAAACAUUUUCUGUCAUGUAAAUGGGCAUUAACAUGCCAAAUAAGUAUAUCAAGAAUUGCUGGUCCUCAUAAGAAUAUUAUUGUAAACUACCCAUGCAUCUUACUGGCAUAGGGGUACAUUUUGUGAGUAAAAAUUACUUUGCCUCAGUGGUAUGCUGUGAAUGCCGUUAAUUUUAAUCUUGCAUUCAAUGGUUGCUAGUGUGAAAUGUGUUGGAAAUGCAACAGAUUAUGGCUGAUAUAGCUGUCAGUUAACUUGAACAGUUAUUUCAAGAUUAAUCCUUAGAGACAUGAAACAACUUGGGAACUGAAGAGUUUCAUAGUUACACAGCCUUUAGGUUAUCUGUUUAUUGACUUGUUAAUAAAUUACAUAAUUGUUUGUGUGGUUGCUAGUAAUAAUAUUGCUAAUAGAAAUUUUAAUGAAAAGAUUCAUUGCCUUCAAAGUUGUUGCAUGAUCACAUACUCUAGUUUUGUAGAAUUGAUGCCUUUCAUUUGCAACUACAUGUAUAAAAAAACAUGUACUUAAUAAAAUGGUUUUGUAAUUUUAAUAUACACAGUGCAUUUAGUUAUGAAAAUGUUCUUCCCUUACUGAUGUUAUGUCCAUCUUGGCUCCAGGUUAUCAAAACAGAACAUUAAAGAGUUCCUAAAAAAUAAA